GCGUGGGAGUGAAUGGACCGAAUGAGGGGUGAAGAAAGCACUCUUGUGGAAUUGGCUGCCUGAAACCCAGAGCCUGUGCCCCGGGCCCUGCAGGGGUUCGCUGCCUCAAGCAUGGAUUUCCCAUUGUGCACACCCACCUGCCAGGAGCCGAACCCCACUUUUUGGGCUGCCUCUAUGAUCCUGACUGCCGCCAUGGCGUGCCCCCUGGAGAAGGCCCUCGAUGUGAUGGUGUCCACCUUCCACAAGUACUCAGGCAAGGAGGGUGACAAGUUCAAGCUCAACAAGUCUGAGCUAAAGGAGCUGUUGACCCGGGAGCUGCCCAGCUUCUUGGGGAAAAGGACAGAUGAAGCUGCAUUCCAGAAGCUGAUGAGCAACCUGGACAGCAACAAGGACAACGAGGUGGACUUCCAGGAGUACUGCGUCUUCUUGUCCUGCAUCGCCAUGAUGUGCAACGAGUUCUUCGAAGGCUUCCCCGAUAAGCAACCCCGGAAGAAAUGAAGUCUCCUCAGAUGUGGGGCCGGGGCCUGCCAGCUGGGGUCUUCCCUGUUGGCGGUGGGCACAGCGCCUCGCACUGGCUCCUCCAGAUGUGAGCACGAUACUAAACAAGUUCAAUAAAGAUUCUUGAAAGCUA